GAACAAAGCUUUGUGUGUGGUUAUCAAACUUGUUUCCAAAAUUUUAUAAACAAGGAAAACUGAAAUUUCCUAAACUUCAGACUGCCAAGUGUAUAUAUGCAAACGACGCACGACCAGAUCGCCAGUUAUACGGUUGAGUCGCUGUGGGUCACUUGUAACAAGUGUAGCUUUGAAAAUGUGGAACCAACUCCGCCAGCGCUGCCUCAUCGUGAUCCCCCUGCUAUGUGUGCUGUCUUUCGGACUGGCCAAUGCCCUCCACGGUUAUGCUAAUGCCGAAGGUCAGCCACCAGACAUGUUGGCCACAUUGCCUGGCCAACUGAAGUUCGUACAUGUGAUAUAUCGCCACGGCGACAGAACGCCCGUGGAUCCGUAUCCCACGGACCCCUGGGGCGAGAGGAAGUUCUGGUCCACCGGCUGGGGUCAGUUGACCAAUCUUGGUAAGCAAGACCACUACGACCUGGGCAAAUGGCUGAGGAAUCGCUAUUCCAACCUCCUGCCCUCCCAAUACUCCAACGAGGACAUCUUUGUGCAAUCCACCGAUGUGGAUCGCACCCUUAUGAGUGCCCAGUCCAAUCUGGCUGGUCUGUAUGAGCCCCAAGGUGAAGACAUCUGGAACGCGGACAUCAAAUGGCAGCCCAUACCCAUUCACACGACGCCCGAGAAGGAGGAUCCCAUCCUGGCCGCCAAGGCUCCCUGCCCCGCCUUCGACUACGAGCUGGCCACCCUGGAAUCCUCGCCAGAGUUCAAGGCCAUGACCGAAAAACACCGUGAUCUCUUUGCCUACUUGAGCGAAAAAGCUGGACGCUCAGUUAAGACCUUCGUGGAUGCCCAGUAUUUAAACAACACCUUGUUCAUUGAGAAUCUGUACAACAUGACACUUCCGGAGUGGACUAAAAAGGUUUACGGUGGCGAAGAGCUUACUUAUGUAGCCAAUUUCGCUUUUGUUAUCAGCACUUACACGCGAAAGCUGGCCAGGCUAAAGGCGGGUCCUCUGCUGAAAGACAUUUUCAAGCGGUUCGAAGAGAAAUCCUCCAGGCGCCUAGACCCAGAUCGUUCAAUGUGGGUCUAUAGUGCCCAUGAUACCACCAUAGCCAACGUUUUGAAUGCCCUGAAGUUGUUCGAGAUACAUAGUCCUCCCUACGCGGCUUGCAUACUAAUGGAGAUGCGUCUGGAUGAGAGCAACACGCCACUGGUGUCCAUUUUCUACAAGAACACCACCGCCGAACCCCUGCCUCUGGACAUUCCAGGCUGUGGUCCUUCCUGCCCCUGAAGAAACUUGUCAACCUUUAUCAGACGUGCUGCCAGUGGAUUGGGAGCGUGAAUGCAAGCGCACCACAAUGAUGAUGACUUAUGAGGAGGCCAAUCUGGGCACGGCGACGGGCAUACUCAUUUUAAUCGUCAUCGCUCUGCUGUUCGCCAGCUAUGGCCUCAUGAUCUACUACCGACGUCGCAACUAUAAGCUGUAUACCUCGUACUCUCAAAUGGCCUAGCUGGAUAACUAUAUCAUGUGGUGGAAGGCACUACCAAGCUCUCAAGUUGCCAAAGUGAUUUGCUUUUUCUUGGUACUGGCCUAUGUUGCUCCUGAGUGAAACGGCCAGACUCGGACGACAGUUGUUGUUUAUUGUGGUUACUACUUAGUUAAGGCGUGCAUUUCACACAAAGUCUGUUUGUAUUGAUUAGUUUUGUUAGUUUAAGUUUGUGCAUUUGAAAAAACACACAAAAUGUUUAUUUGCAUUUAAAGUGGAAUGAUAACUGGUUUUGUUGUUAUUCAGUGAAAGAUAUGGAAUACAAAGACUGUGAAUAGCGAUCUUGAAGUUGCAUACAUAUAUACAUAACAUAUUUAUACACAUAUACAUUUUUAUGAAAUUAUCUUGUAUGAUAAAUUUAUUGUAUUAAAGUCGCUCAAA